UAUUCAUCGUAAGUUGUCAUCUGUUUUAAGAAAUAAUUACAACAAAAUUUGUCAUACAUAACAGCAAAAUAUCAAUUCGGGCUCAAAAUCAAUUAAACAAGUUUUCAAAACCCAACCGUAAAGCUGUGCUUUGGCGCGUCGAUCGUCGAACACGGCGCCGCGCCUCCCGCGCAAGCAGGUGAUUGUGAUUUUCCCCUGGAAGUGAACAAAUAAAAUAUGGUAAUAAUCUGUCAACGCGAACAAUGUCUAUAAGAACUGCUGACCGACGAAAAUCAACCGCGCGAUGAUAACGUCGUCGUGUUGCUGCAGCCGUGGUGAUUGUACAGGGCUUUGUCGAUGGUGCUUCAUGUGAAAGGUAAUUUUUUUGGCUCUCGCGAGUGCGGUGAUCUAGUUCGAGUAGCUCAUAGCAGCUGACUUUUCUACGAAAUGGCACUAAAAGACGACGAGAACACUUGGAUACUUGAAUUAGAAGCUGCUCUUUUGGAUGCAGAAGCACCUUCUGCAUCUGAUAUUUAUGCAAUAUGUAAAGGUCAACCAGUGCCAGCUAAUCUGCGACCAGACGUUUGGCAGGCAUGCCUAGAUGUCACAGAUAGGGGGAAUCAGUUAAUUCAUUUCAAUGAAGUUUUUGAUCUUCCAGAACAAAAUUUUAUAAGAGAAGAUUGCCAACAAUUAGUUGAUAAGUUGGGAAAUGAUGACGAAGAUAAAGUUUCAGUUGUUUCCGAUUUGGAGUCCAUCAUAACUUUCCAUUGCAAAAACAGAGUCCAACGAUAUGAGAGGGGUAAUGGAUGGCUUGAACUACUUGGUCCAUUGAUAGCUUUAAAAUUACCACGUUCAGCCACAUAUAAUUUAUUCGAGGCUAUUAGAGAUAUUUAUAUACCAAGAGGUGACACACAUAGUGCUGUACUGAGGUUACUAUUACUUUACCAUGAGCCAGAAUUGUGCUCUUUCUUGGAUACAAAAAGAGUAUCACCAGAUCUAUACACCAAGGGAUGGAUCAAUACUCUAUUUGCUGGAGUGUGCUCCUUACCAGCAAUUUCCACCAUGUGGGAUUUGUAUUUUAUGCAAGCCGAUCCAUUUUUCAUGAUGUUCCUAUCACUCAUUAUGGUUAUUAAUGCGAGGGAACAAAUAUUGAGCAUGAAAGAUGACGAUGCGCAAAAUAUUGUCGAUGCGAUAGCCGCAAUGCCAUGUGCCUUGGAAGCCGAGGACGUAACGGAUUUCUGUUCUCUAGCUCAAUACUAUGCCAUGAAAACACCUUCGUCCUUUAAAGUCGAACUGUACAGCAUAAUGUUUGGCGAGGGAGGCGAUGAAAAAUUCAUAACUCAUGCGUUGUGUUUACCAGUCUCAGCUCAAGAGUUAGUUGAAAAUUCCGUGGAAGCCUCGUCUUUACCUAACGCUCCUGUUGAGUCUGUUAGAUUUUUCCUAGUCGAUUGUAGACCUGCUGAGCAAUAUAAUGCAGGUCACUUGCCUACUGCUUUUCAUUUGGACUGUAAUUUAAUGCUUCAAGAACCUGCAGCAUUUGCGACAGCCGUGCAAGGACUAUUGCAAGCUCAACGACAAGCUUUGGCUGUUGGAUCUCAAGCAGGUGGCGAACAUUUGUGCUUCCUUGGUAGUGGACGGCAAGAAGAGGAUCGAUAUACUCACAUGGUUGUCGCAUCAUUUUUACAAAAACAUACACAGUAUGUUAGCAUGGUUGUUAAUGGAUAUCAAGCUAUUCAUGAAUACUUUGGUGAUGAAGUGGUGUCAAGCUUUGUUGAUCACAAUUCCCAAUACUGUUUAGUAUGCAAUACUAGUUUAUCGGAAGGUGAUUCUAAUGAAACGAGUCCAUCGAGAAUGAAACAUAGUAAUUCCGAGUUUUUUGGAAAGCUUGGUCAAGCAAUGAAACUUAAAAGUCAAGAUUUGAAAGGAAAACUUUUUGAAUACAUUGUUAAUCCGACAGCGAGCGCCAAUAAUAGCACGGAAAAGAAAAAUGAGAAGGAAACUGAUCAAAGUAAACGAGAACAAAAUUCUAGGCCUGUUUUUAGUAUUGAUGACGAUCAAGACCCUGACAUGAUGAUGGCAACUGCUCAAAGUGAAGAACCUAUUGAAGUAGUUUCACUUCAACAGUGGUUGAAAGAUCCAAAUUUAAUGCAUUCCUUCAAAUGUAUGGAAGUCAAGGUGAACGGUUACGUUUACGAAAGUCAUUUAUUAGUCACUGACACACAUAUAGUUGUUCUUCGAGAAAUUCCGGGACGAAAAGGUGCUGCUCAUGUAAUAGUGAAACGACCGUUAUCAAGUAUAGUCAGAAUAACAUCAAGGAAAAAGCAUCCUGAUUUGAUAACUUUCAAGUAUGGAUCCACACAAUCAGAUAAUUUAGUUAUUUCAGAUAUGGACAGAUUCCUCAUUCCAAACGCUAGCGAAGCUACGAAAUUGAUUUCUCAACAAAUUAUGAAAACAUUAAAGACGGCUGAAUAAGGUGUUGGAAUCAUGAAAAAAUUAUGAACAAUAAUUGUAAUCUGUACAAACAGUUAUUGGGAUAAUACGAAACUGAAGUAAACCUCUAUUUAUGGUAAAAUUUAGGAGACCAUUUUCUAGCAAUAGAAAGAACUGAUGUAUAAUAGAAUAUAGUCUUUUCGAAUUUUCAAAAUAUUUCGACCAUCGACUAUAUUUAACUGAAAACUGUUAUAAUCGAAUUUGAAAAUGUUUCUUAAAAUUGGUAACCUUCAAAGCCAUACUAAUUAAUUUUUCAUGUAAUUUGUUGUGAACAAUAGUACUUAUAAUAAGUAAUUAAAUACUACUUAAAAUUUUAUAUCUCGCGUAAAACGUAGAUUUUUUUAUCGAUCAAUGUCCUUUAAAAAAUUCAAAAUUUCAAUAUUACAUACAAUCAAAAUUUAAAGUAUAUUUUUCAUACUUCAUAAACUUUCUAUACUGAUAAUUUAUUUUUGCUUUUAUGAUGUUAGAAAUACAUUCAAAAUAUUGUGAUUAUGACAUGAAUGAUUACGAGUUUAAAUGGAAAAUUGUAAUUUUCUAUUAUUUGUUAUUUACAUAAAAAUAGCUAUUCAUCAGUCAGUUGUAUGCGAAACUUUAAAUCAUAUACAUUGAAUAACGUGAAAGUAGCGAUACGUUGAAUGAAUCACCUGUUAUACUGUACAGAACAACAAUUUCUUUAAUUGGAGAAGAAUUGAAUUGUUUCUGCAGAAAUUCACGUUAAAAAUCAAAUCAUUAGUUUUAUUUCAAAAAAGUAUUAGGCGUUUGAAACUCGACCGUCUUUAUAUAAAAAAAAAUGUUAGAGUUUAUUGUAAAAUAAUAAAUCCAGAUUUACUAUAUGAAAUGUUUGUCAUUAAGAAAAUUCUGUCUACUUUAAAAGAUGAAAAGUAAAGCCAUAGAAGUAUACAUUCAUAUGUACUUUCAUAUGCAUAUAUAUGCGUUAAUCAUACAUAUGUAAAUAUUAAUGCAUAGUAUUGAUUCAAUAUCUAUUUAAAAACAAGUAAGUUUUCAUUUUUACUGCUGAAAUUCUUACUUUCAAGUAAUUUUGACUUACCACUUUUAUUUUUAUACAUAUAUUUUAUUAUAAAAGUUGAAUUCUGUUAAUUUGUAGCUUAGAGGAAUUUAUUUAUUGGUUUUUUUCUUCUUUUUCAACGUAUAUUCAUUCAUUUGCGAGUGUUUUAUUGCAAAAUUCGUUAUACUACACCUACAAAAACUAAAGUUAAAUUAUUUUGCGUGCUACUUCAUAUAGCGGUAAUUUAAAAACUGUACUACUUAUUUAAUUCUAAUGGUUUUAACAAUUAAGUUGAUGUAUUGCUUAAGAAACCGUAUAAG